GAGCAACCUGAGAUCUUCGAUUCUUGUUUCUUUAGCAACCACUUGCCUACGCAGCACACUCGUUCUUGUGUUCGAGACACUCGCUUCGUUUUCUCGGUUUUCUUGCAGCACUGUUUUUAUUUUCUACAGAACCACCAGAGCACCGCACUCGGUCCAAUUCAGCAUUGCACAUUGGUAUCUGCGCCAUUUCGGGCGGGUCUUAUUUACGGCCAGUAAUAGGGGCUACCCGCCGCGACCCCAGCGAAAGCCGUGUCACGUCCGUCGCCAGAUCGCCGGCCCGCCGACAGUGAGCGACUAUCUGCAGAAUCCAUUUUCUACCCGUCAAACAAUCCUUGCUUCGAUCUAUUCUGGUAAUUUCCGGGGAGAUUGAACUGCGCGGGUUCCGUCUAAGGCGCAGUUACAAGCCGUCUUCGACGGUCCCUCCAGGAUCUCCGACACCAUUCAAAACCGAGCAGUCGUCAUGAAGUCUCCUCUAUCCGCCGGCCAUUUGGCAGUUGCACUCUUGUCACUCACCCCUUCAGUCUCCGCUUUGAGCUGGCCGAGGUGGCUCCCCGAACUUGACACACUCGUUGUCCGGCAGGAUGACUCGUCAGACUCUGGCUCUGUCACCCCAACACCAACCGCAACAGCUUCCCAGUCGAGCGAGGGCGAUGAGGGCACCGUAACCAGCACCUCGACACGAGGUCGUAAUACGCCCGUCACAACGAACCUCAACACAGGCGGCAUCACACAGACGGGGACGGCAUCCGGCACGGCCCGCGCGACGGGCAACAGCACACGCGCGAGCACGACAAAGCACGCCACGUUCAACCCGCAAGACCCCGCAGGCGGUAUAACCAUGGUCACGCCGGCCGCCACGGCCGGGUUACAGCUGUACAAGCUCGGCGACAACGUGACGUGGGCGUGGAACUACACGAGUCUGCAGGCGACGCCGACGGCCAUCGACGUGCUCAUCUCCAACACGAGGGUGGCGCAGCCGUGGACGCUGACGCAAAACAUGUCAUGGGCCGAAGUCCAGAGCUACACGUGGGACACCAACAGCUACACGCAGCUGGAGCAGGUCGUCGCGACCCCCUUGCUGACCGACAUGUACACGCUCAUUGUCUACGACGCCGACAGCGAGAUGACGGCUACCCCCGAGGCCGGCUACCUCGCUCCCUACUCGGGCUUCUCGUUCGGUCUGUACGCCAAGCAGGAGUACCACGACACGGGCGACGGCUGGCAGUGCGCUUCGUGCAGCGGCGCCAUGGGCGGCAUGGACAGCAGGGCCCUGGGCACGGCGCUGGCCAUGAGCGCUGUGACCGUGCUUACCUUCACGUGGUUUGUGGCUGGCCUGGGAGCAUCUCUUUGAUUCUGAUUCUUGACGAGCAUGGGCGCGAGAAAAGAAGAAAUGGAGGGAAGGGUAAGCGCUUGACGGCGGAAUAUCGUUCUUGUAAUAUCUUUUCAGUGGGGUUGCUACGACUUGGGCCAUUGCCGGCCGGCGGCGGAGGGUCGGUUUGUUCUCUUACACUAACUAAUGAGGGGUCCAGAAUGGGAAGGGCGUUGGUCGUUUUGUUGCACCAUGGGCAUCAUUUCAUUUUGAUAUUCAUUGGUCUGCUUUGGGCCAGAAAAAAAGAGCGGAAAAGGAGGGAAGAAGGGGUGAUUCUUGUCUGGCAGAUAGGUAGUAUUCCAGUGGUUAAUGACACCAGCAUGUACCUACAUUGAGUAGCCUAACGAAAGCAUAUCUUCAAAUUUAUAUCGGGAUCUUCUU